AUGUCAAACACAAGUCCAACAACGCCACCGGGCGCAACACAACAAGACCAACAACCACCACCACCCCCAUCCGCCGACCAGCUCCCGUUCCACGGCACCCAUCCAGUCUAUCACUACACGGCACUCGGCGUGGCGGGGCUCGGCCUGCUGGCGCUGGCCCUCCCGCCUCGCAACUGGGGCUUCCGCAGCACGCUGCUCAGCUCCUCCGUCUUCAUCUCGUCCAACCAGCUCGCGCACGACUACACUGGCCGGUCAUUCAUCCAGCGCUGGGGUGAGCGCACCGAGAAGCUAGAGGCCGCCAUCACCAGCGGCGAUUCGGACGAGACGCGCCGCAUCAAGGAGGCCAUACGCGCCGAGAAGCUCCGGAGGCGAGAGGCCCUGCCAGAGGAGGAGCGCAGGCGGCAGGAGGCGCUUGAUCGCGCCAGGGAUAAGAGCAAGAGCCCCUGGUUCAGGGAGUGGGACGAGAAGGAGAAGCAGGCCCUGGCGGACGGGAAAGGCUACGGUGGCUUGAUCAUGGACACCGUCAAGGAGGCGUUUGGUGUCGAGGAGGAGAAGCCCGUCGCGGGUGAUGCGAAUAAGGCAAAGGAGGGCGCAGUCAAAAAGCAGGAUGGUACGAAGUAA